GGCUUGCCUCCGGACCCGGCGGCUUCCAGCUCCUCCGAGACAGCCGAGUCGACGGGGACCGUCCGGGACGAGGAAGAAGAGUCCCGGGACAUCCGGGAAGCCUCGGCCACCGAUUCACCGGACGAGGAGCAACGCCGAGAGCCGGACUCGCGGUACUUCUCGGACGCUCCCGAGCUUGCCGUGCCUCGUCGAUUCAGCGCCUCCAGGGCCAACGAGGCUGACCAUCGUCGAGAGGUUCCCGGGGGAGCCAGGUCUUCUCUCGAUUUUCGGUCGAUCGAGGACACCAGGUCCAUCGGUCUUGACUGCGACCGACUCGAUGCAAACACCCCUCGCGACCACUACAUGGUGCCCACCCGCGACCGCGACCAGGACCCCGAUGGGAACAGUCUGUCGCUCUUCAACCCCCAGUUCUUGCCGAACUUCAACGAUAUGAUCGUCUGCGUCGCCAGGUGCGACCCCAGGGAAGCUCGGCCGAGGUACUUCCCGAAUAUCAACCGGGAAGACGAAGACGAGAAGGAGCUCCACGUCCUCGAGAAGGCCGCUUGCCAGGGCUUCGACGUUAACUCCUACGUCGCCGAUUUGGAGUUCCAGCGCAGCGGAACCCCCGUUCCUGGCAGCAUCCUCGACUCCAAGAACACCAACGCUGAUGUCUAUCUGAGGAAGUGCCUAGACCUCCGUAAUACCAACAGACCAGGGCAGGGCUUCGACAGGGAGAAGGAAAACCUCGUCGCUCUCCGCAAGAGACUCGAGGAGAGCACCAGGAAGCUCAACUGUAAUUCUCAGGACUACAGGUCGCAAUUCCAGAAAAAUACUGCCAGGUGUAGGGCGAGGAAACCCGCGAAGGGGAUUACGCCUAAGCCUGUAUAGCUGCGGACGUUUCGGAACGUCUCUCGGGCGCGGCUGCUGCGGUAGAGUUUGCGGUGUAGAAUAUUUUUACGCAGGGUUUUCUACGUUCCGGAACCCUGGCGGGUUUAGGGGCGCCGGGUUGCGCCUAUGAAGCUAGCCGAGUACUCGAAGAUGGUACUACUCCCGAUGGCGGUCCAGAGUCACUUUCCCAAAACGCAUCAGCGGCCACGAACCGUGUUUCGAAUCGUUCUAGUCCACUUUUCUGCAGACUGUUCCAGGGUUCCCCUUUUUCGCGCAGGUUUCACUUGUCCGGAAGCGAGGCGGGAUGUCGCGACUUUGACGAUGCUCGUUUUUUCGUCCACCGACUGAUGUAUCCGAUCCUGAUUAGAUGCGUUUUGGGAAGUGGACUCGCGGUUGCCGAUGCACCUUGCCGCAGGGUGCAGCUUCCAGUUCGCGAUGUCUUCGACAGGCUUUAAUGAGUAAUUUGUGGCGAGAACUUUUUUCCAGCGGUGCGGAUCUCUAGGUCGGAAGCGAACGAAAGGGACGAGAUGCAACGGGAUGGUAGAUCGUAAUUGUAAAAUGUGAUACAAUUAGAGGACUGUGUUCUUAGUCGUGGCCUGUUAGGUGCGUAGAUCAAAAAGAUAAUGAAAUGUUGAAUAGGACGUAAGCAUUCGCAGCAGGCGAGGCGUGCCUUCCAUGUAUAUUUGUUGGCAUUUUGAUCCGUGUAGAUACGAGCGCGGUACGAGGACAGAGGGACUUGGGCAAGUGCCUCCUUUUUCUUUUUGGAAACACUAUUCGAUAGAACGGGACGAAGGAUGGUCGAAUGUUAUGCGUCGAUCGAGCAUUUUCCCCCGAGUCCAUUUUUUAACAUUCCCGAAGGAGCCAUGACACCUUCGUUUCAAGUCGUUUACUUGAAUUAAGGAAGAGGAUAUUAAUUAAUUUAAGUAACGAAAUUUAUUUUUACGCGAACUUAAGUGGUCUUGAUCGUAUCGUAACAGAAGUCGAUUCAGGACUUGGGAUCGGGUGGUGCACGGUCGACGAAGAAUUAGAGAUAUCGAAGUAUCGAUGCUGUAGCGAGGUGAUAAGUAGCUGCUGGAUGAUACAAUAAUUGCAAAAGCUGAUUCGUUCUAGCUCGGUGCAAGUUGCUAAUGUAUAGUAAUACUUAGGGGAAACCGUGAUCGUAGUCCAGUUUUUUCGGGAUUGAGGUGCCGGUUUUUCUGGUUUGCUAGAGAUUGAUUUUCGGCCACCGAGAUCGCGACUGAGACCCGACAGAAUGUAAGGGACAUUUUGAGAAUCAAGGGCCGGUUCCGGUAAUUCUUCUUGGUUUCACUUAAUAGCAAGGUCCGAUCGGUCCUUUCGUCUGAUUAACGCCGAGCUAAAAUUCUUUCGGGCGCGAGUAACCUGCAAUUGGUCCUAAAAUCUAAAAUCCGGACGAAGCAUCGUCACUUGGCCGUUUUUCCCUUUUUUCCUUACAAAUGGAAGCUUUGGACCCGGAAUGGAAAAGAAGCAACGCGCCGGAAUAGAGUAAUAUUCGUAGAGCGUGAGCAUGGCUCAAAAUAAUUUUCAACGUUCCGAAUCUUCGAGUUUGAUAAGGAGUCCGGUCCUUUAUCGUUAUUACGGCCGAAGUUGGGAUUACGGAGUUUCUUAAGUCCCUUCGACAGAACUCGGGCGAGGAAACAGGGUGUAAGGGAUUGUGCGAGAUUGAACGAGAACGAUUCGCGACAGGGAAAUCGUGUAUAUAGUUACGUGUAGUACGUUCUCAAAGAACGAAUUUCAACGCGCGCGAAUGAUGUACUAUUCCUUCGAUGAGCACUAGUUUACAUUACGUCGGGUGGACUUUUUUCUACAGGAACGAGAUUAAGCGUAUGCUCAGAGUACGACUCGCGGAAUGGCAGCUAUUUUACAUUUCUAAGGAUUAACGAACUCUUUGCCUGCCCUUGGGUGUAACGAUCGGCCCCGGGCAUUGGCAAUUUUUUUACAAGUGUAACACUGUUUAUAUACUCGAGACACACUACUUAGGUACCUUGCGUUAGUAUUACAUAUACCAUUAAGCAGUUAUACUCUAGAUUUAAUUUAGACAGCCGAUGAGAUAUAUGAAUGUAUAUGUAUACAUACAAAUUACUAGGAACACGUACAAGCGUAAGGUUACUCUGUACAGAACGAAUCAAUUUAAAACUGACGUUAUUAAAAUGACCACUAUUUAUUUAGCCAGGCGCUCGAGUUAAUGAUUGCAUAUUGGCGAGAGCGUAAACUGUCAACUGCAUUAAUCGACUUUUGAAUAAAUUCGCCGGCUGCAAUUUCACCCGAUAGCGCGGUUUUUCCCGCGGAAUUGCGAUCGGGCGAAUUUACGUGCAAUUUUUAGCCCUUUUAAGGCCGGGUGCUGAAAAUUAAUUCUGGUUUUGUUGGGAGAGGAAAGAGAGUUCUUUUUCUAUUGACAAGUUCGAAAAGGAAAUGGAUAAAUGGUGGACGGCAAAACUGAUCACCAAUGAAAGGGGUUGUUGCAGUGACUCUAGAGGAUUAACGAUUCUCGAUCAAUAACUUCAGUUUUCAAUUGAGGUAUUACUUAGAAUAUUUUACACAUUGUAGCAUAGUCGAGGGUACGCGAAUGUAUGGACGAAUCGUGACACGUUAAUGAAUAUCUUUUAUAUUGGUUAUGAUAACCAAUAUAAUUGUUACACCCCGUUAAGGCCAGGACUGCCAGCCGUGUAGCAGAGGCUUUUUAACACGUUUUUUUACGUGAUCGCGAAAGUAAGAUUGUAAAUCGAAUAACUGACGACGUAGAAUACUUUCUGCCCAGGCCUUGCGAUGUGCGCCAUUUUUGAAAUUUCCGGGAAAAAUUAAAUUUCUUACAGCUAGUACAACCGUUGUACGAUAUUGUUAUUAAGAAUUUAUAUGAAAUUGUUAAUCAUACCGUUAGCAGCGACUAAACAAAUGGCUUGCCUCGGUAAGUGUGCGAUUUUAUGGUAGGGCGCGUCACUCCGAAAAUACGAAAAGUAUUUCACUGCGCGGUGAAAUUCGUAGACGUCUUCAAUUGCAUCGUUUUUACCUGCGCACCUACGUCGUAUCGAUAAGUUAGUGCAUACCGAAGUGGCUUACACGUGGCAAAUUCUAAAUUUCGUCGAACGCUUAAUUAUACACGAGAUCGCGCGAAUUACUUAAGCAAAUGCGAAUUUGAGGAACGACGCCAUGAAGUGUUUCCAAUUACUUGUAAUUAAAAGAAAAAAAAAAGACUCCGAUCAGUCUAGAUGUACGAAAUAAUUUCUCGCGAUCGUAUUCCAACUUUAUUCUCAGCUUCCAUGACACUUAGGUAGGGAAAGGAUUUUGUUAAUUAAAAUUACUUGAAAGGUUAAGCGAUUAUUUGUUUUAAUAAUUUAAUGAUUUAUUCUGGAAGAGAGGGACCCUCUCAUUUGCACAAACGCUUGUCAGUGAUCGAGGGAUAAAUGCGACUGGUUUAAUUCUUAUAUUUUUCCUGCUGCUUUAUAACGAAGUACAGGCGAUCUCGUUUGUGAAUUAGAAAACGAAAGGAAAUAUUCAUUAUGUCAUGAUUCUUGGGAACUAAGGAAAGAAAAGCGAUUCAUGCCAAGAUGUUGGAUGGCAGUCCAGGCACGCAAUACGCUGUGCCAAUACAAUGUGUUUUAUGUACAUAAAACUAGCUUUAGACACUAGCGAACGCAUGCGAAUCGAUCGGCUACACUUUUCAUGAGAUUGUCGCCGAUCGAUCGCAUACGAUUAAUGCGUCAUGUGAUUAUUCCAUGUGAUCGUUACUUGGCCUCAUAACAUUUUGUAGAUAAUCGCGUCCUUUCCUCUUUGCCUCCCAUAUAUCUUCCGAAAAGAUGCGUCGAUACAUAUUGGUCACGAUCGAGAAUACUUCCCAAGAGUUGACCAAAAAUGUCAACUAAAAAUAGUUUUAGUUAAAUCGUAAGGACGUUGUAUAUAAUUAUUUUGCUCCGGUAGUUUUACGAGUAAAAAUUGUCCAAUAACUUUGCGACGAAACAUCCGAUCGUGUCAUUUUUUUUUUUCCGCGACAAUGCGUCCAACAAUUUUUUUUUCCCUAAACGCAAUCAUUCUCCGAUUUCUCCCUAGAUCUAUCCCACUAGUUCCACGGAAACUUUGGUCGCGUCGUAUAGGUUCCAUCAGGUUUAAGGGAGAAGUGGAGGGAAUUAGUUUAAACUCCACACAAGACUGAGGAGCUUGUAAAUAAGUAUAUAAAGUAAACCUAGCGCAGCGCAUUUGAUAAAGUAAGUAACGAGGUAUCUAUACGAAGUAACGAUCGAACAAUACAAACAAUUUAUUACACAAUAUACAUACGACAUAUUCCCGUAAACACUGAAUUGUAUAUACGAAUGAAGAUCCUGUUAAGAAAAAAAAGUGUACGAUGUUACGGAUUCUUUUUCUUAUUUCAAUAAACGGUAUCCGUUCAGAACGUAGAGAUACGAGUCUCGUAUUAAAUAACAGCGACCGGUAACGGCGACUUUCCUAACCGAGACAUAUUGUUUUAUACACAAAUAUACGUACGUAUUGUUCUUUUUUCUCAAUGAGCAUCAAACUCGACGUAGCGUUUCCGGAGACUUAGUGAUUUUUAAAAGCUGACUGAGCCUGCAAUUUCUCCCAUUAGCGCGAACGAUUAAUUUUUAUACGAAAUCUUGACACUGUACUCAAGCGAGGGAACUAAUCGGAACGUUCCAUUCGUCUACACGUUUUACACAAAAAAUGUUGUCGCGACGCUUGAAUUUAGAAGUAGCUACCGAAUUGACUUAGCGAGUAUCUCGAGAGAGCUACAUACGUUCGUAACUACGUUCACUCUACGAGCAUACUAGGCUAAGGAUCAGUGUCGCAAGUAAUGUAAUUCGAGGAAUAAUAAAUGAAAUAAAGAACAACAGGAAUCGUAACGAA